GAUAACUUCGUCAUUCUUCUGUUAUCGAUCUGUACAGUCACCAAUCCUCCUAUUGCCACACUAUACGACAAAUUCUCGAGUGCCCUUUACGCCACUUUCGCUAGAUUUGUCGCAAAGGUGACGCUUAGAACUUGAGUCAGUUCAAUUAAGGGACAGCCAGGGCCUUCAUUCGCCCUCGCGGCAAUAUAAGCGAGCAUGCGCUCGCAGCACCACUGCUUCGUCAACGUCCCAAUACCCCUCCACAUUCCUCACCAAGCUGUUCUCGACUACGUUCAAACAUACGAACCCGUCUUACGACACAAUCCCGGCAUGAGAUCUUGGGAAAAGUCACAUCUAGACUAUGAACUCGUCGCGAAUGAUCAUUUCUUCGACUCAUCAGAUCCAGGCCAGAGUUUACGUUGUUACCAAGCUUAUGAGGUAAUGAGACUUGGACCCGGCGUUCAGAGGGAUUUGAAAUGGCCGAUUAUCUUCCAGAGGGUACCGAAUGGGAUAGUCUCGAGAGUUGAUGCACCUGCGGGUGUGAUUAGCUGGACACAGUGGUAUGUUAGGCCAAGGCAGAGUGAAGCAUCGGCAGAAUCUGUUAGUACGCCUAGUACGGCUACACCAUCGAGUUCGGGGGAUGACGCGUGGGAGUUAUAUGGGAUUGUGACGAUUGAGGCUCAUCGUAUGUUGAUGCCGUGGUGUGCUACCAAGUCAGAAAGCUAUCAAGCUGCGAUUGGACAGGGGAUGGUGGAUGAUGUAUGUUCAAAGUUUAGUUCUGGAGAGAUUUCACGACAAUACGAGAUGCAUUAAGUGCGUGCUCA